UUGAAGUUUUGGUGGAGGCUUGCUGUUAUUUUCUGACGCUGUAUGUUUUUUUUUCGAUUUGUAAUAUUGCUCUCGUUCAACCAUACCAUUCGGGAACCAUAAAUCGGAGUUCUAAAGAUGAAUUCCAGCGUUGACCUAUCCAGGCGCAAUCCGCAGGAGGAUUUCGAGCUAAUUCAGCGGAUAGGAAGUGGCACAUACGGAGAUGUCUACAAGGCCCGUAAUGUCAACACUGGGGAACUGGCUGCCAUUAAAGUUAUUAAGCUGGAACCUGGUGAGGACUUUGAGGUGGUGCAGCAGGAGAUCAUUGUGAUGAAGGACUGCAAACAUUCCAACAUCGUGGCCUACUUCGGCAGCUAUCUCCGGAGAGAUAAAUUAUGGAUCAGCAUGGAGUACUGCGGAGGAGGAUCUCUGCAGGAUAUUUAUCACGUGACUGGGCCUCUGUCAGAGUCUCAGAUUGCGUAUAUGUCACGGGAAACCCUCCAGGGUUUGUACUAUCUCCACAACAAAGGCAAAAUGCACAGAGACAUUAAGGGAGCAAAUAUUCUAUUGACAGACAACGGCUAUGUGAAAUUAGCUGACUUUGGUGUAUCAGCACAGAUCACUGCCACGCUGGCUAAGAGGAAGUCCUUCAUUGGAACUCCAUACUGGAUGGCUCCAGAGGUGGCAGCAGUGGAGAGGAAGGGAGGCUACAACCAGCUGUGUGAUAUCUGGGCCGUGGGCAUCACUGCCAUUGAGCUGGCCGAGCUGCAGCCUCCUAUGUUUGACCUGCACCCCAUGAGGGCCCUUUUCUUGAUGACAAAGAGUAAUUUCCAGCCACCCAAAUUGAAAGACAAAGGGAAGUGGGGAAAUAAUUUCCAUCAUUUUGUCAAAUUGUCCCUGACGAAAAAUCCCAAGAAGAGGCCAACAGCAGAGAAACUAUUACAGCAUCCAUUUGUGUCACAGCCUCUCAGUCGAACCCUGGCCAUCGAGCUGCUGGACAAAGCCAACAACCCAGACCACACCACAUACAAUGACUUUGAUGAUGACGACCCUGAACCAGAGUCUCCUGUGUCUGUUCCCCAUCGGAUUCGCUCCACCAGCAGGAGCACCAGGGAAGGGAAGACGCUGUCUGAGAUCACCUUUGGCCAGGUGAAGUUUGACCCCCCGUUGAGGAAGGAGACAGAGCCCCAUCAUGAGCUGGAUCUUCAACGGGACUAUGGACACGAAUCUCCAAGCCUGGUGGGAGGGAACAACAAACACAGUACCAUCAUGAGGCCGAAAGUCCCACCCCCACUUCCCCCCAAGCCCAAAUCUAUCUGUCCGCCCCAGGAGAGCCCGUCCCAGGGAGAGGAUGAUGUAGGCGGAGGGGGGACCAUCAAGCGCUGCCCCGUACCCGAGAGCCCCGCCCGACCCACCUCAAAUGUACCCCCCCGCCCUCCACCCCCACGCCUGCCCCCCCACAGACGCAGUAGCCUAGGUAAUGGAUUGAGCUCUCACCAGAAUGGAGAGAAGGACAGUGCUGCAGAGAGGCAGUCCACCAUGCCCCCUAGUGUCCCCAUACGGAAAGACAAGAAGGACAUUCCCAAGCCAAUCAGUAAUGGUCUCCCACCCACACCCAAGGUCCAUGUGAACCAAUAUUUGAUAUUUGGUGCUGAGGAGGGGAUCUACACUUUGAACCUGAAUGAACUGCACGAGACGUCAAUGGAGCAGCUCUUUCCCCGGCGUUGCACUUGGCUUUAUGUUAUGAACAACUGCUUGCUCUCUAUAUCUGGAAAAGCCUCCCAGCUCUACUCUCAUAACGUAGCUGGUCUGUUCGAGCAUGCCCGGCAAAUGCAGAAGUUACCCAUGGCCAUUCCUACACACAAACUCCCAGACAAGAUGAUUCCACGGAAGUUUGCCGUAUCUAAUAAGAUUCCAGACACAAAAGGUUGCCAAAAGUGCUGUGUAGUGAGGAACCCAUACAGUGGUCACAAGUACCUGUGUGGAGCGUUCCAGUCCAGUGUGGUUCUGCUGGAGUGGGUGGAGCCCAUGCAGAAGUUCAUGCUCAUCAAGAACAUCGACUUCCCCCUGCCCUGUCCUCUGGAGGUGUUUGAGAUGCUGGUGGUACCAGAGCAGCAGUACCCUCUCAUCUGUGUGGCCGUCAGCAAGGGCACCGAGCUCAGCCAAGUGGUCCGCUUCGGAACGGUCAACCCCAACUCAACAUCCUCCUGGUUCACAGAGGCUGAUACGCCCCAGACGUGUGUCAUCCACGUCACCCAGUUGGAGAGGGACACCAUAUUAGUUUGUCUCGACAGGUGUAUAAAAAUCGUGAACCUACAGGGACGGUUGAAGUCAAGCAGGAAGUUGUCUGCUGAGCUGACGUUUAACUUCCAGAUCGAGGCGAUAGUGUGUCUCCAAGAUAGCGUUCUGGCGUUUUGGAGGCAUGGUAUGCAAGGGCGGAGUUUCAAGACCAAUGAGAUCACCCAGGAGAUCUCUGAUAACACACGGAUCUUCAGACUGCUGGGAUCUGACAGAGUGGUGGUGCUGGAAAGCAGGCCGACAGACAACCCCACAGCACCGAGCAACCUCUACAUCCUGGCUGGACAUGAGAACAGCUACUGAUCAAACCACACAGCAUCCUGGGAACACAAGUCACUACAGACACAGACACUAGAGACACAGACACUAGAGACACAGACACUAGAGACACAGACACUAGAGACACAGACACUAGAGACACAGACACUAGAGACACAGACACUAGAGACACAGACACUAGAGACACAGACACUAGAGACACAGACACUACAUACACAGACACUACAUACACAGACACUACAUACACAGACACUAGAGACACAGACACUAGAGACACAGACACUAGAGACACAGACACUAGAGACACAGACACUAGAGACACAGACACUAGAGAAA